AUGACCGUUGCUGACCUGUACGCCUUACAAGCCUAUGUUCUAGUUAUGAUAGUUUAUCUUUUACCUAAUGUCAUUAUCCCGAUGCUGCCCUUACUAGUAGCAUCUCUAUUGCCAGCACUUGUUCGAUGUCGCUUCGAACCGGAACUGGUCGUUGUUACCGUAGCCACAGAAGACACUGACGGUCUGCGUCGUCUUCUCAGAUCAGCAGAAGAGUUUGAUAUCAAAGUACAAGUGCUUGGUAUGGGCGAAGAGUGGAAAGGUGGAGAUACUAGGGUAGCUCAGAUGCUGCCUUUACUGGUAGCAUUUCUAUUGCCAGCACUUGCUCGAUGUCGCUUCGAACCGGAACUGAUCGUAGUUACCGUAGCCACAGAAGACACUGACGGUCUGCGUCGUCUUCUCAAAUCAGCAGAAGAAUUUGAUAUCAAAGUACAAGUGCUUGGCAUGGGCGAAGAGUGGAAAGGUGGAGAUACUAGGGUAGCACAGGGUGGAGGACAGAAAAUUCGAAUUCUACAAGAAGGACUAAAGAACUAUAAGAAUCGUGAAGACGCGAUCAUUUUGUUUGUUGACGCGUAA